GGCAGUUCACUGAAAAAGGCAGUCAGCGUGGAACUGCAGCUAUGGUGCUCGACUUGGACCUCUUUCGUACCGACAAAGGCGGCGACCCCGAAAUUAUCCGGGAGGUCCAAAGAAAGCGUUUCAAAGAUGUCACGCUCGUCGACAAGCUGGUAGCAGCGGACACAGAAUGGAGAAAGUGCCGCUUCACUGCAGACAACCUCAAUAAAGCAAAAAACCUCUGCAGCAAGAGCAUUGGGGAAAAAAUGAAGCGAAAAGAACCGGUCGGGGAGGAUGAGUCUGUACCCGAAGCGGCGCAGAAUCUGGAAGCCCUCACGGCAGAAACGUUCUCGGCACUGACGGUGACCCAAAUCAAGAAGGUGCGAGUGCUGGUAGAUGAAGCCAUGGUGAAAACCGACAGUGAACGACAGAAGCUGGAGGCGGAGCGCUUCUCCUACCUGCGGGAGAUCGGCAACCUCCUGCACCCGUCUGUGCCCAUCAGCAACGACGAGGAUGCAGACAACAAGGUGGAGCGUACGUGGGGCGACUGCGGCACACAGAAGAAGUACUCCCACGUCGACUUGGUGGUCAUGAUUGACGGCUUCGAAGGGGACAAGGGGGCCAUCGUGGCCGGGAGCAGAGGUUACUUCCUAAAGGGCCCGCUAGUGUUCCUGGAGCAGGCUCUGAUCAACUACGCCAUGAGGAUCCUUUACAGCAAGAACUACACCAUGCUGUACACACCCUUCUUUAUGAGGAAGGAGGUCAUGCAGGAGGUGGCCCAGCUCAGCCAGUUUGACGACGAGCUCUACAAGGUGAUCGGUAAGAGCAGCGAGCGGGCCGACGACAGCUCGGUCGACGAGAAGUAUCUGAUUGCCACCUCUGAGCAGCCCAUCGCCGCCUUCCUGCGGGACGAGUGGCUCAAGCCAGAGGACCUACCCAUGCGCUACGGCGGCUUCUCCACCUGCUUCAGACAGGAAGUGGGCUCCCACGGCCGAGACACGCGCGGCAUCUUCCGUGUGCACCAGUUUGAGAAGAUUGAGCAGUUUGUUUACGCUUCGCCACAUGACAAUAAAUCGUGGGAGAUGUUCGAUGAAAUGAUCGAGACAGCGGAGGAUUUCUAUAAAUCGCUUGGCAUUCCUUAUCGCAUUGUCAACAUCGUCUCUGGUGCCCUUAAUCACGCCGCCAGUAAGAAGCUGGAUCUGGAGGCCUGGUUCCCCGGUUCCAGUGCUUUCAGAGAGCUGGUCUCAUGCUCAAACUGCACCGACUACCAGGCCAGACGCCUGCGGAUCCGCUAUGGGCAGACCAAAAAGAUGAUGGACAAGGCAGAGUUUGUUCACAUGUUGAACGCAACCAUGUGCGCCACCACACGAGUGAUGUGCGCCAUCCUGGAGAAUUACCAGACGGAGGAAGGUAUUGUCGUUCCAGAGAAGCUCAGGGAAUUCAUGCCUCCUGGUUUGACAGAGCUCAUCAAGUUCGUCAAACCCGCUCCCAUCGACCAGGAGAUGAUCAAAAAGACAAAGAAACAGAAGAACAAGCAGGCGGGAGAUCAGCAAACCCUCAACAACGCCGUGGAGGAAAUGUCUGUCAACGACUCUUAGAUACAUAAAUGAAAGAAAAUAAAAAUGAUGGGAUGGAGCCUUACUCAUACAAAAUGAGUCUUAUUACCCAUAUUGGUUCUCCAAUGCAUCUGGUGGCUCUUGUCUCCAUGUCAUCAUUGUGUACAAAAACAGACAAAGGGAUCACUCUGUGUGCUGUCUACUUUUUCACAUUCAGGGUCUAAAAUUAUGAUGGGUUGUGUCUGGAAUCUUCAGCUACUUGUUAAAGACCAAAAAUCUUCAUUUUUAUUUUAUUUUUCCAACAAAUCUGCUAGAAUCUAAAGUAAAUAUCUGGUUUUGUUUUACGCUCUGGAUCCCCCCUCAUGUUGCCUUUGUUGCUUACUUUUAUCAUGUCAACCAUUGGGCUCUUCUACCUAUGGGAAUUAUGAAGUGUCUCUUACUGUAAGCAUGUAUAAAAGACCAAUCCUAUGGAAGGUAUUUGUGUGUGUCUUUAAAUGCCUCUGGUGAUAAGACAUAAUAAAGAAGACAUAAGUUAGUCAUUAA